AUGACAAACCAAGAACUCAUCGUCGACUUUAACACGGGAAUCGCAUUGCGCUAUCCGUCCUUCUGGCUCAGAGACCACUGUCCCUGUUCGGAAUGCCAGCAUCCCAGCACUCACCAGCGGCAACUCGACACUUUUGCCAUCGACCCGGAGGUCAAAGUCUCGAGCGUCCAGUCCACGCCGGAGGGAUUGGAGGUCACUUGGCCUGGAACGGCGACGGCGACACCAGCAUCUGGAAGUGCAGACGCCAUAUCUACCACCGGCGGGGAAGCGAGACACAGGAGUCUGUAUUCGUGGGAAUGGCUUCAGACUCAUCCCCCAUUCACACAAGCCACCAACAAGACUGCUGCGUCAGCGGUGCCCAAGAGAAAAUGGACACACGUGUCUCCUUCGUCGCCGUCCCUGCCUCGAGUGCCCUACCCAUCAAUCAUGGACACCUCGUCCACGUUAGGCCUGGCACAAUUUCUCGAAUCAAUCCACACCUACGGCCUCUGCUUCAUCCCUUCCACUCCGCCGACCCCAAGCGCAACGCAAUCCCUCGUGGAACGCAUCUCCCACAUCCGACCCACCCAUUACGGCGGCUUCUGGGACUUCACCUCGGAGCCCAACCCGAUCGACACGGCGUACACGGACGAUUACCUACCACCACACACCGACACGACCUACUUCACCGACCCAGCGGGCUUGCAGCUCUUCCACUGCGUGACACCCGCAGACAAGGGCGGCGAAUCGACCUUUGUGGACGGCUUCGCGGCCGCCGCGCAUCUUUACGAGAAAUUCCCCCAGCACUACCGCGCUCUUGCCACGUACCCGGUCCUGUCGGCGGCGCUGGGCUCGUCGGCGGGGGAAUUCUACAACACGGCCAACUCGCUCCAGGGCUACCCUGUACUGGUACACUCGUCCCCACCAGGCCUGCACCAAGGUCCCAGUCCGACCUCGCUGGUCCAGGUCCGUUGGAACAACCUAGACCGGGUGCCGCCGACCUCUUCUCCCUUCCCGAACCACACGGCCCUCAAGUCCUGGUACGCGGCGGCGCGCGAAUGGAGCCGCAUCCUCGAGAGCCCCGAGUUUUUGAUCACCGUGAUGCUGCGGCCAGGCGAGCCCGUCAUCUUCGACAACUGGCGCGUCCUGCACGGCCGCUUGGGCUUCGAGGGCAAGAGACGCGUGUGCGGCGCGUACGUGGGCAUGGACGAUUUCCGUGCAAAAUGCAGAGGCUUGGGCCUUGUUGAAGUAUAG